AUGGUAGAGAUUUGUGAGAGACAAGAAACACAUAUUCUACCUGAAUACAGAGGGGAAGAAGAUAAUGAUGUAUAUACCAAACCAGUAGACAGAACAGAGACUGAGGAAAGGGCGGCACAAUAUGAUAUAGCCGGAGAGCACAAUUUAAAGGGUGUAUACGGAUUUAAAAACAAAGUAGAAGAUGAAGUUCGCAUAGUGCUACUAGGCAAAACAGGAAGUGGAAAAAGCUCAACUGGAAACACAAUUUUGAAUGGAAAUUUCUUUUUUUCGAGAGCUUCAUGUCAGUCGGUAACUUCCUCUUGUUGCAGCAAAUAUGCAACCAGAUUAGGAAGAAACUUACAAGUAGUUGAUACACCAGGAAUAUUUGAUACCAGCGUCCCUAACAAUGUCGUUCAAAAGGAAAUUUUAAAAUGCAUUGCAAUGACAUCGCCUGGGCCCCACUGCUUUCUGCUUGUACUGGGGAAUACUCGAUUUACAAAGGAAGAAGAAGAAAGUGUAAAUCACUUUGGUAAUUUCUUUGGCGAAGGCGUUUUUCGUUACUUUGUUAUUGUGUUUACCAGGAAAGAUGACCUUGAGCAUGACGCAAUUACAUUUGAAGAACACCUUGAUAGGGUGCCAGAAAAUCUAAAAACAAUAAUAAGAAAGUGCAAUAAUCGCUGCAUUUCCAUUAAUAACCGAGCGCCGAAUGAAACUCGUGGAGAUCAAUUAAAACCUCUUCUGAAGAUGAUUGAUGAUAUAAUUGCCCGAAACGAGGGUAAUCAUUACACUAAUGAUAUGUACGUAGAUGCCGAAAAAAAGAUGUUGAUGAGACAGAAGGAAAUAGAAGAAGAGAGAGAAAGACAACGACUGUUGGCAAUAAAGGAAAUAGAAAGCAACGCUGAACAGAAAUAUAUGAAUAUUGAACAACAAGUAUUGGAAAUUCAGCGAAUAAACGAAGCAUAUAGUCAGCUCCCGCAUCCCCGGAAUGAAGUUAGAAGGGAAGUCGAGACAAAUGAUAACUUUGUUGAUUACCUGUUUAGGGUUUUUCAGUCAUUAUUACCAUACGUCGACAGACUUCUAUUUUCCAAAAAAAAGAUCAUAUAG